GGGGAGAUAACUCUAUUCUAAUAGAGGGCGCUCUGUCACCGGCAGGUCGCAUACUUCCGGUUUGUUCAGUGGACUAUGGCAGCAACAUUGAAGCCAUAUCUUACAGCGGUCAAGCAUACGCUGACCGCUGCCAUGUGCCUGCAGAACUUUGAUUCACAAAUAGUGGAACGACAUAAUAAACCUGAGGUUGAAGUAAAAAGCAGUGAAGAGUUGCUCUUAGUACCUGUAAUUAUUAGCAGGAAUGAAAGGGAACGAGUUUUAAUAGAGGGGUCCAUUAACUCACUACGAGUUAGUAUAGCAGUGAAACAGGCUGAUGAAAUUGAGAAAAUCUUGUGUCACAAGUUCAUGAGGUUUAUGAUGAUGAGAGCAGAAAACUUUAUAAUCCUCAGGAGAAAACCAGUAGAAGGCUACGACAUCAGCUUUCUCAUCACCAACUUCCACGCAGAGCAGAUGUACAAACACAAGUUGGUGGACUUCAUCAUCCACUUCAUGGAGGAAAUAGACAAAGAAAUUAAUGAAAUGAAGCUAGCUGUUAACUCAAGGGCACGACUAAGUGCGGAAGAGUUCUUGAAACGGUUUUAGGCAUCACAACUCCACAGCGUGCUGGUAAAAUGUCCAUGUAAGUCCUGCACUGUGU